CACACACACAACUAUAUCAAAAAUAAACGUGAAUCGGAAUCGCUUAAUGCCUAACAUGGAUUAGUUUUACCGUUAGCUAUCGUGUUUAUCAAUUUACGUGCAAAUUUCCAAUCGAAAUAAAAAAUUAUAAUUUUUUGAAAAUAUUCGCCAACGGAAACGGAAGUGCAUAAAAUGACUGAUGACAAAUUGCAAGUGUCAAUGUGUUGUGUUUAUGUGCCGAUAAAUGUGCUUAUAAAUGUGCAAAAGAAAUGAAAUUUGAUUACAAUAAAUGAUCAAUCAUAGAGAGAAAUACGAAAUUCAACGAAAGUGCUUUAACAAAUGUCAAUGUCAGGCAACAAAUCCAGCAAUUGCCGGCUCAUAAUCUUGCGAGAUCAAUUGAAACUAAUUAUAUAUAAAGAAUAAUAAAUAUUAAAGUUUAUUUAGUUUACUGCACUUCAUUGGCAGUAAAUGGGUUAAAAUUAUGUACAUUAAUCGCCGAAUGAAUGUCGAAUCAGUUAAAGAGACUGCUGCUUUUUAUUGUGGUGAUUUCAGGUGCAUUAUGUACAGAAGAUUACGUAAUAAUGUCACAGUGUGCACACAACAAAGCCAUACACCUAGCUGCAGAAGGAACAGUCUCAGUGACAGACAUUUCACAGAUACAAAAUAUAACGAUAGUCGGCCUCCCGGAUUAUGUGAACAACGAAUUCAAAAUAGCUUUGUACGCAAAAGAAACGCAAAGAUAUUUGUGUUUCAACGACAAUUGGAGAUUAGUUGGCAUGAGGGAACUUCGAGCUACCUGCUAUUUCAACGAGACCAUCGUGCACGGUUAUUUCGUGUUCCGUUCCGUUGUCGAUCUGCAGCGACGUGUCGGCUUCACGCAUCGAGGUAAACCCGUUGGGCCCAAGAAGAGUGUCAAUGAUGCCUGCUAUAUGUUUAAUAAAAUCGAUGCCGAGCAGUUUUUCCAUCAGCAUACGUUACCAAAAUGGCGCGAAAUGGCCGCUAUGAUGGCCAAUAAUCACACGAGCAGCAACAACAACAACAACAAUAAAAAUAAUAAUAAUGGCAGUCGAAAGUCAGCCAAUUCGCGCAACAAAAACAAUCGCCACAAAUCGAAUAACCAAAAUCAAAAGUUGCAACUGCAACAGGAGCAUCAUGGCCAUAAUAAUAAUAAUAAUUCUAAUAAUAAUAUAAAUGAUAGUAGUAAUAGUUUAAGUAGCACUAACAAAAAGCAAUUAGCAUUAAAUCGACAGCAGCAACAUCAGGUGCGUCAUCAUCAUAAUGAUCCUUCGCUGCUGGCACGACGGCAGCAACAUGAAAAGAAACAAAAGCGACGCAAGCAGCAACAACAGCAUAAGCAACAACAGCAGCAACAACAACAACGAGUAUCAGCUAGUCCAACGAAACAACUGACUGCAACAACAAGAAAAAACAUACCAUCAACAACAACAACAACAACAGCAACAACAACAAAAACCACUACCACAACAGACACAUCAACGACAGCAACAAAAUUGUCAACAACAACUUUGCCAACGAAACGCAAAGGUAGGCGAAGAAAGGGCCGCAAACAGAAGCAACAACAACAACAGCUAGUCAAUACGGCAACAACAUUACCCAAUGAUGCUAUAUUUAGCACCAUCAGCAGCAGCAGCAGCAGCAGCACGGGCUAUGAGGAUGUCAAUAGCAGCAGCAGCAGCACAAGCCUUGAUCCUUGGUCCACCUGGUCAACAGUUGAUAGCUUUACACCAGAUGUUUCUGAGAUGACCAGCACCUCCAGUAGCAGCAGCAGCAGCAGCAGCGCCAACUAUGAUGCCUGGUCCACAUUUAUAAGUGAACUAGAAGCCGAAGCCGAAGCCUCAUCAUCAUCUGCAGCUUUAACAACAACAGCAACAACUGAUAUAAACUACAACAGCAACAAUGAAACCGAGCCGCUACAAUAUGAGGCAGAACUAGUUGAAGAUGGCGAAUCUACUAUAGAUUAUGAAACCAAAGCAACAUCACAGGCUGAAACAGAUACAGAAAGAGAAACAGCAGCAACGCAACAGCCAUCAACAGCAACAUCACCAAUGGCAACAGCGGCAACAACUACCUCUCAAUUGGCAAGUUCGACAAACUAUUUAUCCACGCCCAUGUUCCGAAAUUCUAACAAAGAGAACACAGUAUUGCCGGACUAUGAAAAUGCGAUACAUUUGCCUGCUACAACAACAACAACAGCAACCUCUCAGUUGGUGAUGGAGCAGACACCACUGCAAUAUAAUUUAGCUGAAACAACAGCAAAUAAAUUGGCUACAACAGCAACAACAAUAACAACAAUGACUGAUUUAAAAACAAGCAGACAUUUGGCUGAAACACAAACAAAACCAACAACACCAGCAACUACAACAACACAACACCAAAAUAUUGAUCCCAGUUUAAUAGAUACAUUAUUCAGUGUAUAUAAGAAUAUAAAUACAAAUCUAAAUAAUAUAUUAAACGAAGCACCAGCAACAGCAGCAGCAACACCAACAGUUGGCCAAAUAGCAACAGCAACAUCUACCCAAACAGCGGCAGCAGCAACAACAACGACAAAGAAAUCUUUACGGAAAUCCACACAGAAAUUGCUGGCCACUCCGUAUCAUCAAUUGACUUAUGUGCGUAAUAAAGCAGGUGAUAUUGAUAUCGAUAAUCUGGACAAUAUAAGUGUAUAUCCCGAUAUAUACGAUGGCGAUUUAGAUGCAAAAAAUGCCACCAUCAGCAGUAGCAGCAGCAACAGUCCAAUUCACAGCAACAACAGUCGAUGGACAUUUGUUAGCGGUUACUUGGCCACUUCGCCUACAAUGGUAUUGCCUGAAUCCAUACGUCUUGGCCAUAUUAAGCUUAAGAAUGAGCAACGUCUCCUAACCAAAAUGAAGAAACGUCGACGAUUUGCGUAGUAGAUGGAAGACAAUCCCCGGCAGGACACCCUCUCAACAGAAUCAUCCCUCCCCUCUCUUAACCAACCCAAAGCAAUACUUAAUAUACAAACCUAUACUCAAUAAAGUUUUUUCAACAACAACAACAACAACAAAAAAACAAGCAGAAAGAAUUUAU